AUGCACCCCGACGAAAUUCCCAAGCAGGGCGAUCUCGUCAGGAUCCACUACAUGGGCAAGCUAUCGGAUGGGACCUGCUUCGACAACUCGCGAACGCGGGGACAGCCGUUUGAGUUCGUUCUUGGCGAGGGCGACGUCAUCGAUGGCUGGGAGGCACUGAUACCCACGAUGGCCUUGGAGGAAAAGGCGGAGCUGGUAUGCCCUCCAGAGUACGCCUAUGGUGAAGAGGGUGUGGAGGGCAUCAUCCCAGCAAAUGAGACUUUGACCUUCCGGGUAGAGCUGCUUGACAUAGGACGGCCCGCAGAAGAAGGAGACCAGGAGGAGAACAUUGUGGAUGUUGGUGACACCGAAGAAAAAGAUGAGGAAGAGGUGAACUUCUGGGACAAGGACGAAGAAAGAGAGUCUGGUCGUGGUCCCGCAUUUGUUUGGGAGGCCUCGGGAAGCGGCCGGGAAAUCUUGAUCCGUGUCCCUUUGGACGAUGAUGUCCGGGUGAAGCAGAUCAAGUUCAACGUCACAAGCACUUCCUUAAUGUGCAAGAUUGCCGACAAGAUGAUUCUUGACGGCACUUUGUUUGCACAAGUCCUCACAGAUGAUUGCUUCUGGGACUUUGAGAAGAAGGAUGGCAAGGCUUACCUGCUCAUCACGUUGGGCAAGAUGGAUUCCAGCAUCAGGUGGAGCUCCGUACUCAAAGACGGAGACAUGCCUUCAGACGAGGGCGGUGUCGAGGUCUUGGGUGGUCAGGAGGCUGCGCAAGCGGUGGCCGGCGCAAAGAAGGCGGCUUGA